GUGACGUUGCUUCCGUGUGCGCCAUCUUGGGAGCGGAGGAUGAGGACGGAGUCGCUGUGCCGGAGAGGGGUGUGAGUAGUUGGUGGUAUGGCGCCCUAUCUUCCGUCUGCGCUGUCUGUUGGGCUUUAGAAUAGCAGCGUGGUCUUCAGACGGUGUGGAACUACAAAUCCCAGCAUGCCUUGCUGUCCUUGGUGGAGGAGACUCGCGUUUAAACACAAAACUUUACCAAAAACACAUGUACAUGCAUUUUUGAUCCACUUCUGCUGAAGUCUAUAGAGCCAAAAAUGAUCUCCCCUGCGUGUAAGUCCCAGCACCUUUCCAAAAAAUGCACUUUCAGGAAACUGCAUAGAUGUGAACGGGACCCAUAGGAAAUAAUGUUAAAGUGAUAUUAAAGCAGGCUUCUCCUUUCCAUGAGAUCAUCCCCCUGUAGUCCUGCAUUGUAAGCAACCCGAGAGCCUUUCCACAACCUGGAGCAUCAAGGGAAAAGGAGAGUGCUGGCUGCUGGGGGAACUUGGGGGGGAGGAAAUUAAACUUCCAUGGAGAAUUUAUCAUCCCGUGUUAUCAGUUCACCUUGCAGCCACCCUACCUUGACCGCCUUCUCUCCAUCCCAGAAAAUGGAGGCUGCUCAUGACUGGCGGAGUGUGUCUCUCUAUUCUGAAGCAAGCUUUAUACGACAAUGAAAUUGGCAGCAGACACAAAGUGAAACCGGUGCCUCAUAAUGAAUGAGUUGAAUCUGAGUGCUGUGGGCAUGGACCAGCUUACCGCCUCCUCAGUUGCCAAUUCUCUGCCUGUCUCAGGAAACCACCUUGGACUCUCAGCUUCCCCGCCACACAAUGCUCUUACUACAUCAGGUCUGCCGGUGGCCAUUCCCAACAUUGGUCCAUCUCUGAGCUCCCUUCCUUCUGCCCUUUCUGUCAUGCUUCCUAUGGGCAUCGGAGAGAGAGGCGUAAUGUGUGGACUCCAGGAGAGAAAUUACACCUUGCCACCCCCGCCAUAUCCGCAUCUUGAAAGUAGCUACUUCCGCCACAUACUGCCUGGAAUCUUGUCAUAUUUAGCAGACCGCCCUCCUCCUCAAUACAUACACCCAAGCUCUUUAACUGUUGAUGGUAAUGGAGGCCUUACGGUAUCCAACAACUCUACAUCCCUAGAUCCAUACCAGUCCGGUGGCUCUGUCGGGCUGGAGACAGGAAUGGUGUCUCUGGACAGGACAGUGGGUGGACAUUCCAGCCAGAGCUUACACCCCAGCGAUGGGCACGAGGUGGCGCUGGAUGCUGGGAUCAGUAUGGACAACGUGUCCCGGGUGAAUAGUCCCAUCACUACUGAACGGAUAACGGAGGAACUGACCAUCGAAAGUGUGACCGGGGAGCACUCGCAGAUCUCCAGUGUGUCACGCUCCCACGAGUCUCUCACUGUUGAGGCCAACCUACCUCCGGACGCUGUGGGCCAUGCUGGGGUCCUGCCAUUACACAGCGGAUCACUGGAGCUUCCCGUGGUCAUGGAGAGCGAGCACCAUAUGGGGGCUCGGUCCAGAAUGACGGAAAACUCACUCAGCGAUGCUAUCCACACUGUGGCCUUGAACAGUAACCCUGUCAGCGUGGCGCUUUCUACCUCGCAUCCGCUCUCCUCUUUAACCUCAGUUUCACUACACGGGGGUGCCAUCAGCUUGGAGCCAGUAACCGUGUCUUCCAUCACACAUGAAGUAUCACUGGCAGGCGGGCAUGUCGAUGCUGGCAAUCUGACUUUCGUCCCGUCGUCCUUGCAUAUCGACUCAAACUCCAACAAGGAAAACGUGGCCACCCUUUUUACAAUUUGGUGUACACUGUGUAACCGGGCAUAUCCCUCAGACUGCCCAGAUCAUGGGCCAGUCACCUUUAUUCCCGACAGCCCCAUUGAGAGCCGGGCUCGCCUGUCCCUUCCCAAGCAACUGAUCCUGAGGCAGUCGGUGACGGGGGCAGAAAUAGGAGUGUGGACCCAGGAAAAUAUUCCAGUCAGAACUUGCUUUGGCCCCUUAAUAGGACAAGAGAGUCAGUCCUUGGAGGUUGCAGAAUGGACUGACAAAUCUGCCAAUCACAUCUGGAAGAUGUAUAACAACCAUGUGAUGGAGUUCUGCAUCAUAACGACAGACGAGAAUGAAUGUAACUGGAUGAUGUUUGUCCGGAAGGCAAGGAACCCGGAGGAGCAGAAUCUGGUGGCUUACCCUCACAACGGAAAAAUCUAUUUUUGCACCUCCCAGGAUAUCCCCGCCCAGGACGAACUGCUCUUCUAUUACAGCCGGGACUACUCUCAGCAGCUGGGUUUGCCUGAGCAGCCAGAGGUGCUGCUGUGUCACUGUGGGAAGGAGUGCUUCUCAUACGCAGAAUUCAAGGCUCACCUGAACAGUCAUGUGAACAGUCACCUCACCAGUGAGACCCUGAGCAGUGAGGACACCAGCCAAGCAUUGACCCCUAGCAAAGAACGCAAGUGGAAGUGCUCAGUAUGUCCGCGCUCCUUUUCUUCAUCCUCCAAGCUCAAUGUACACUACAUGGGGCACAUGGGCAUGAAACCCCACAAAUGUGAGUUCUGCAGCAAAGCCUUCAGUGACCCAAGCAACCUGCGCACUCAUCUCCGUAUACACACAGGACAGAAGAAUCAUCGCUGCAAUCUUUGUGACAAAUUGUUUACGCAGAAAGCUCACUUGGCCUCACACAUGGUGACCCACACGGGUGAGAAGAACCUGAAGUGUGACUUCUGUGAGAAGAUGUUUAUGAGGAGGCAGGACCUCAAACAGCAUGUGCUCAUUCACACCUGUGACCGCCAGAUAAAGUGCCCAAAAUGCGACAAGCAGUUCUGCAGGACCAACCGCCUGAAGAAACACCUGAAUUCCCAUGAAGGGAAGAGGGACUAUGUAUGCGAGAAGUGCUCCAAGGCCUUUCUCACCAAAUACCACCUCACACGACAUCUGAAGAUCUGCAAAGGCCCCACCACAGCACCACUUACUGAUGUGGACGAGGAAGAAGAUGACUCUGAGGAUGAGAAGUUCCUAAGCUCAGACUGUAAUGUAUUUAAUACUGAUGGGAAUCUCUCUCAUACGUGACAUGAGUGGUGUGGACGCUAUUUAUUUUAUUUAUUGUGCGCGUCCAUCUUAUCGGACUGAGUUCUCAGUGCACGAUUGGAAGAAAACCAUUUUUUUAUGCUGGCUCCGGGCUGUAUAGAAGGGGCUUAAAUGUUGAUUUGUGUACAUAAAUGAAGUAUCCAUAUAUAAAUAAAGGAAAUUGUGAAAGUUC